AAAUUUUAAAACGGUUUUAAACAAAUUUAUAAAUGUUGUAAUCAUUAGUUAUGUUUGACAGCUGACUGAUACAGGUGGUCCAAUUAAGAUGCUGGUCCAAUAUUGGCGACUUAAUCUUAAUAAGGUGGCUAGGUGGGUGGCUGAAGCGGUGUGAGCACCGACAGCUAUUAUGGCAAUUAUUGUUAAUAAUAAAAAUAAAAAUUGAUCUAAGCGCAAACAGAUAACGUUCACCGCCCAAGACUUUUUUAAAAAUCUUAAGAUAAAUCCAAACUUAAUAUUAAUUUCGUUAUCUUACUAUCUCGUGAUGCUAACAAAAAACCACGUACACCGUUAGAUGGCGUAAGUAGCGCUUAAUAAAACCAUUAUGCUAUUAUAUUUGUUUAAAGAAACCCAAUCCUACGAUAAAUAAUUGAAAAUCAUAUUCCGAGUGUCACAUAUGUGUGACAUGGUUUUUUUUAAAGAGACUUCAUUUCACACAUAUGUGACACUUGGCGGCGAACGUGUUUUAAAACAUUUCAAAUCUUAUUUGAUUUAGAUAACCAAAUAACCUAGCAAAAUAUUGAUCACAUCGAUGCUAUUUGCUAAUAUGUCAUAAAUUAUACAACACGUAUAAUUAUAGUAAUCAUUUAACGACUAUAUCUUAACUGGCAAUACGUUAUUCGUUUUUUAAAUAAAUGUCAAUCAUCUAUGAGUAAGUCAGUGUUAACUGGGUUGUGUAUUGGUUAGGUAUUGUAUGUUUAACUCGUCAGACCAUGUAUCUAUCGUCCAUUACCGACUGGUGGAAGUAUAUUUCCACGCUGUGUUUAGUCAUCGUAGUGACUAUUGUUUAUUGCUUUUGUGUUUCCACUUUUAAAAAAUGGAAAGAACUAAAUGUUCCUUACAGUAAACCAAUUCCAUUGUUUGGUAACAUUUUGAAUCAAGUUCUGGGAAAAGUCCACGCAGUGGAAUUUUACAAUAAAUUGUACUACGAGUUCACUGGUCACAGAUAUGGAGUAGUGUUUCAGAUGAGGACGCCUUAUUUAAUGAUCCGGGAUCCAGAACUCAUCAAUGACGUGCUUAUAAAAGACUUCUUGUCUUUCACCGAUCGUGGUGUCUAUUCAGAUUAUAAAGUAAAUCCAUUGUCGAAUAACUUAUUAUUUAUGAAAAAUCCUCAAUGGAGAACAAUGCGAAAUAAAAUCACACCUGCAUUCACACCGGCGAAACUUAAAUUGAUGUAUGGUCAGAUCAAAGAGUGUGGUGAUAAAUUGAUGAAAAAUAUUAACAAAUAUUUAAAGAAAAAAAACAAUGAAAUAGAAAUAAGAGACGUUAUUGGAAAGUAUUCGAUCGAUAUCGUCAGCACUUGUAUUUUUGGGUUCGAGUUAACUGAUAAGGAAUCCGUAUUUCAUGAGUGCGGAAAAUUGAUGUUUACACCUACACUAAAAACACUUUUUGGACAGAUGAUUUUGAUGACUGACCUUACACUUUUUAACAUUGUAAGAUUGAAGGAUUUUCCAACAGAGGUAACUGACUUAUUUCACUCAACGUUAAAAGAUACUAUAACGUAUAGAGAAGAAAAUAAAAUAAUCAGAAAUGAUUUCCUUCAAAUUUUAAUGAAGACAAGAAGAGAUUUAGUUUUGAAAACAAACUUACCUGAUCAUGAAAAGUUUACAGAAACACAAAUCAUAGCAAAUGCUUUUGGUAUAUUUACUGCUGGGUUUGAAACAGUUUCGUCUACUAUAUGUUAUUGUUUAUAUGAAUUGGCAUUAAAUAAAGAUAUUCAAGAUAAAGUACGUCAAGAAGUUCAACUGAAACUUUCUAAUAAUGAUGGAAAAUUUAACAACGAGUUUUUGUUAGAUCUUCAUUACUUAGAUAUGGUUAUAGCAGAAACAUUACGUAUGUAUCCUCCAGUUAUUGCUUUGUACAGAACAACAACACAAACAUAUCGAGUUCCCAAUGAUUCAGUAAUGAUUGAAAAGGGCCAAAAAAUAGUUAUUCCUGUUUAUGCAUUGCAUUACGAUGAACAGUAUUAUACGGACCCUAAAAAGUUUAUUCCAGAAAGAUUUUCGGCAGGAGAGAAUGCUAAACGGCCUACCGGUAUUUACCUCCCAUUUGGUGAUGGACCUCGAAUAUGUUUAGGUAUAUUAUUGAAUGAAAAGUUAAUAUGCCAUAAAUGUAAAUACUUUUUAAAUUUUCUAGGAAAACGUUUUGCAGAGAUGGAAAUGAAACUAGCAAUUGCCGAAAUGUUAACUAAAUUUGAAUUAUGUCCAUGUGAAAAAACAGAAAUUCCUCUAAAAUAUUCUAAUGUUUUUUUUACAUUGGUUCCUAAAAGUGGAAUUUGGCUAAAAUUUAAAAAAAUUAACUAAUCAAAGAUGAUUUUUUAAUGUUAUUGUUAAUAUGAGAGAUUUUCCGAUUACAACUUACUGAUCUAUAUUGUAUAUUUAAUUAUAUAUAACUAUGUAUUAAUCCUAAUUUAUUACUAUAUUUGUAGUACUAAUAAUUAUUAUAUCAUUUAAUACAUUCUACAUUCCUAUAUAAGAUUGAUGUAUAAAUAUUUAUUACUUGGCUAAUCUAUUAUAUGGCCAUAGGUAUUAUACAAUAUUAUAUCUAUAUUAUUAUGUCUAAAUACAGUUAAGUGUUGACCCUGAAAAAUUGAAAAAAUCAUACGAAAGUUGGUUAGACUGGUG